CGCGCCCGCGGCGGCCGAGCCGGGGCAGCUGCUCAGCGCCGCGGCGGCGGCGGAGACAAAGCGCCGGGUAAUGAAUGGGACGGGCCCGCCCGGCCCUUCCUCUUAACUCCUUCGGGCCCGGCCGGGCGGCGGCAGCGGCGACCUCCGGUUUCCCCCGCGGCGGCCGCCUGGGGAGAUACAAUCAUCUCAUUAAGUUUGAGUAGCAAGUAUUUAACCUCAAAUGAAGCUGCCUGCCUGCAGUGGAACAGAUGUGUGGUGUAAAAGAAUCUCAAUUGCCCAAUCAAGAUGAACAGAAUGGCUUUCUUCAACAAGAAAACAGAACAUCCAUUUUUUAGGAUUAUAUGUACAACAUGAAGCAUUUAGCAGUAGCUGUCUUUGAGAACAUUCAUCUAUGACCUGAAAUGUCCUGAUCCUAGGAAAAAAAUGGGAUUCCAUUAAUUAAGUCUAUAAUUUUUAAAUGUAUUUUCAUGACUAAUUAUAUUUGCUUAUGCACAACACGGAAUUCUUAAACCAGAGGUUAUUUUAACACAUGCACACAUUUUGUUUUACAUUCAAUAUACAAGAUACAUAAUUUUAAUCAAAUUUUAAAUAAUCUUUUAAAUUAUCUAUAUUUAUUCAUAAAUGAAGUCUUGGCAAGAAUUUAUCAUCCAUGGACAUGAGUAAAGCAGAUUGCCCCGGAAUGGAUGAUACUUUUGUAUUGGGUAAAAUCAAUAACUUGAAAGUAGAGCAAGAAGACGACAGCAUUAACUGUACUCUAGAAAGAACGGAUAUAAAGACAGAACAAGAUGAUUUCAAACAUGCGGACAGCAGUGAUGAACAGGAAGACAAAGAAAAGAACUUCAUUACAAACAACUCUGGCAAAUAUUUGUCUACAGAAAAUGAAGAUGAUUAUGGAUCUCUUUUUUCUCAGUAUAGUAAUACGCUGUAUGAUGUAGCAAUGGAAGCUGUGACACAAAGCCUCCUUUCUAGCAGAAAUAUAAGCUCCAGAAAAAAGUCACCUGCUUGGAACCAUUUUUUUAUAUCUCCUAGAGAUAGCACUAAAGCAAUAUGUAUGUACUGUAUGAAAGAAUUUAGCAGGGGUAAAAAUGAAAAGGACCUGAGUACAAGUUGUCUCAUGAGACACGUGAGGAGAGCACAUCCCACUGUACUAAUUCAAGAAAAUGGAACUAUGCCAGGUAUAUCUUCCUUUUCUUCAUCUACAUUAUUGCUGCCGCCUCAGUCUGCAGAUGUUGGAGAUCUGAGUUCUAUGUUAUCCCCCAUAAAACUGGUCAAGAAAAUGGCUUCUAAAAUACCAUCUCCAGAUCGAAUAAUUGAGGAAUCUGUUUCUAUUGUUUCUUCUGAAGAAAUAUCAGACCUCUCAGUUCCUGAAAAGUGCAGCAAAGAAGAAGUCAUGGUUGGUUCAUCUCCACAGCAAGCCAACAACCAAUAUGAUGACACUGUUGAGAAUGUAGCAGAAAAAGCAGUUGUAAUUCCAAAGAGUGCAUCAGGUUCUAGAAGGAGAUCUGCUGUCUGGAAACACUUCUAUUUGUCACCUCUAGAUAAUUCUAAAGCUGUUUGCAUCCACUGCAUGAAUGAAUUCAGUAGAGGAAAAAAUGGAAAAGACCUAGGAACGAGUUGUUUAAUAAGACACAUGUGGAGAGCCCAUCGUUCCAUUGUCCUGCAAGAGAAUGGGGGUGGUACCAGCAUACCACCUCUCUACACUGCACCUCCUACUCUCUUGCCUUCUUUACUGCCAUCAGACAGUGAUCUGAAUUCUAUGUCAUCCUCUCCUGGAAAACUAAUGAAAGAACCAACUUCUGUUUCCUCUUCUCCAGACAGAAUCUCCGAGGAGAUCCAUACUAAUCUCACUUCUGGAGAUACUCUAGUGGAAGACUCAAUGCUGUCAUCUUCUGAUGAUAUAGGUGAAGUCUCCUUUGUUUCAUCUCCUGAAAAACAGUGUGAGGGAUUAGGUCCACUAAUAUUUGAACCUACUGCUGUGUUUCAGCAAAAUAAAAGGAUUAUGAAAAGGCUUAAGUCAGAAGUCUGGCACCACUUUUCACUCUCACCUGCAGACAGUUUAAAAGCAGUAUGUAGAUACUGCAGUUGUAUGAUAAGUCGUGGUAAGAAAGGAGAUGUGGGCACAAGCUGCUUAAUGAGACACCUAUAUAGACGCCAUCCCGAUGUAAUUGGAAACCAAAAGAGCUUUCUCGAUGUGAGUUUGGCAAAUUCACCUUAUGCCACUUUGGCUUCUGCAGAAUGUUCAUCCUCAAAGUUGACUGACUUGCCUACAAUGGUUACACAUGAUAAUCAAAUUAUAUUUCCUGUUAAUAGUAAGAAGACCUCAAAACUGUGGAAUCACUUUUCAAUUUGUUCUGCAGAUUCAACAAAAGUAAUAUGUACACACUGUGGACGUAUAAUAAGUAGGGGGAAAAAGCCAACAAACCUAGGCACAAGUUGCCUUCUAAGACAUUUGCAGCGGUUUCAUAACAAUGUAUUGAAAACUGAUGUCCCAGAGACAGUGUUAUCCUCAUCUACGGAUAAUCACAUGCCACUCCGCACAGAAUUACUAGGAUCUUCAAAUUUUGAUGAAACCAAUGACAAGUUUUGUGACUCUCAUCCAGUUGCCAAAAAAAUCACAAGUCUUGUAGCCGAAAUGAUUGCACUUGACCUUCAGCCAUAUUCUUUUGUAGACAACAUUGGCUUUAACAGGCUGCUUGAAUAUUUGCAACCUCAGUAUUCUUUACCUUCUCCAUCUUACUUUUCUAGGACAGCAAUUCCAGAUAUGUAUGAUAACGUAAAACAAAUUAUUAUCUCACAUCUUAAAGAAGCUGAAAGUGGAGUGAUCCAUUUUACAUCUGGAAUAUGGAUGAGCAACCAAACACGAGAAUAUCUAACCCUGACCGCUCACUGGGUAACAUUUGAGUCUUCAUUUCGACCACAGUGUGAGGAUUACCAUUGUUCAGCACUAUUAAAUGUAUCACAGAUCGACUGCGACUACAAUGGAAUCAGUAUUCAAAAGCAGCUAGAAUACUGGUGGGAAACGUGGAUUACUUCCAUUGGACUUCAGAUUGGGAUUACUGUUACUGAUAAUCAGAGUAUAGAGAAAACUUUAAAUGAAGGUGAUCAUUCAAGUGUACAAUGUUUUAGUCACACUGUUAAUGUAAUUGUAAAUGAGGCUAUUAAAAGCCAGAGAAUGGUUCAGAAUUUGCUUAGUAUUGCAAGGAAGAUCUGUGAACGCGUCCAUCGGUCAGCAAAAGCAAAAGAGAAGUUAGCUGAGCUGCAAAAAGAGUAUGAGUUGCCUCAGCAUCAGCUAAUACAAGAUGUUCCAUCCAAGUGGAAUACAUCAUUUCAUAUGCUUGAACGCCUUAUUGAACAGAAAAGAGCAAUUGAUGAAAUGUCAAUAGAGUGCAGCUUCCGGGAGCUGAUAAGCUGUGACCAGUGGGAAGUCAUGCAGUCAGUGUGUCACGCUCUCAAACCUUUCGAAGCUGCAAGUAGGGAGAUGAGUACACACAUGUCUACUCUAAGCCAAGUGAUUCCAAUGAUUCAUAUACUUAACAGGAAAAUAGAAAUGCUUUUUGAGGAAACUAUGGGCAUAGAUACUAUGCUGAAAUCUUUGAAAGAAGCUAUGGUGAGCAGAUUGUCCUCCACGCUUCAUGAUCCAAGGUACAUUUUUGCUACACUUCUGGAUCCCCGGUAUAAAACAUCGUUAUUUACAGAAGAGGAGGCUGAACAAUAUAAACAAGACUUAAUCAGGGAGCUGGAAAUAAUGAGUUCUACCUCAGAUGAUGAUAAACCUGUUUCCAAUGGAUGUGAUAUAGGUUCACCAUCUACAAAUUCUUACGGGGAAGAUAAUCUCUGGUCACUCAUGGGUGACAUGAAGAAAACAAAAGACCUGAAAGAGAGAGCAAAGUUACCAGAGGAAAUGGUGCUUUCUUACUUGGAGGAAGAAGUGCUUGAGCAUAACUGUGAUCCUCUAACUUACUGGAACUUUAAAAAGUCAUCUUGGCCAGUACUGUCAAAAUUGGCUGUCAGGUUCUUGGGUUGUCCACCAAGCAUUGUUCCUUCAGAGAGAUUGUUCAAUACAUCCAAUGAAAGCAACAACUUUAGUCAGUCAAGGUUAAUGAUUGAACACUUUGAAAAGCUUAUCUUUUUGAAAGUGAAUCUUCCUUUAAUAUACUUCCAGUAUUGAAACUAAUGAACAAACUGCUAGACUAAAUUUAUUGUUGCUCACUGGAUAUUAACUAUCUGUAACUUGGAUUUUUAAAUUGCUCCAGUAGGGGCCAUGUAUGACAUCUAAUCAGUGACUAUAAUUCCAAAUUUUAGAUUCAUUUUUUUCAGCUUUCAAUAUGUCUACAUGUGCCUUAUUCAUAGUACUUCAGGCCAGAUAUUGUAUAUAUGUUUUUUAAAAGUUCACACUAGAGAUAGCCUGUCUCGUCAAAUUAUACAAAAUUAUGUAGGUUUUAAUCCAUAAUUGUAAAUGAACUUUAAAAAGCUCAGUCAUUUGUUUUAAUAGAAUGGCAAAAAAAAGAAAAAAAAAAGAUGUAAACAGUUCUAUUCUGUAGUUUUUUAUUCAAUUAUUAUGUAAAAACCAUAAACCAGGUACUGUAUUUUAGUUGAACAUUGCUUUAAUUGCAAGAAAACAGGUUUUGUAGUUGUCAAAAGAAAGCUGUACGUGAAAGAUGGGGUUCAAGCUGUCUUUCUACCAUAUGAUGUUUUUAACUGCAAGCCCUAAAGUACUUAAAGGAUUAAGAAGACUUAUUGAGGAAGAUGUGUUUACAGGAGACUGUUGACUUAAUAUCUGAAAAUAAAUCUUAAAUUUAACAUGAGAUGGAACGUCACUUAUACAGCAAUCUGUAGUAAAACUUCCCAUUCUGGGUUCUCCUGUUCAGGCUUUACAUUUUAAGUGAAUUACAGAAAUAUUCUGGGUAUUUAUAAAAGGUCUUUGGAAGUUCUCUCAAAGUUUGUGAAUUAAUGCUUAUUAUUUAAUGCUGUGUUAAAAAAAGGCAAGAAACUUACCAAGAAGACUCUAAUGUCAUUCUGAAGCCUUUUCUAAUUUUCAGUGCAUCAAAACUAUAAGGUCCCUAUUGUAAAAAUUGAGCCCUUACUCCUAAUGUAAUUUCAAUUGUGUAGAACAGCCUUUCUUAAAGCUCCUAGUACAGAAAUAACUCAUCUUCUGGUUUUCAGUAAUAGCCUUAUGGAUAUGGUGCACUGCUUAGAACUUUAUGUAGUAGGGUUGAUUCCUGACUGUUGGUGUCCAUCAGGCAAAUGGGAUACAAAGCCUUUAAAGCUUCAAACAGGAUGGAAAAAAUAGCCAGCAUUUUAAUUUGAAAGGAACAUUCUCCUUAGUUUUUCUCUAGAAGGACUUAUCUUUUAAUUUCAGUUUUCAUUGAAUACAUUUUUGGGAAACAAGUCAUCAUUUGCCUAUGACCUUUUAGAAAAGUUGUAGCUUUGUUAAAAUACUCUACCUAUGCCUAAUCUAAUUUUGCAUUUACUAUGUUUUAGUGUAUUUAUAAAUGGUGAACUCAGUUUCUGAAAUUAAACAUUUUAUUUGCAA